ACCACUAAUGAAUACUUAAAUGUAAAUCAACUGAAAAAGUUGAGAUCUUUACUGUUCUCAUCUCCCCCUCCCCUCCUUUCUCUCCCUCUCCUUUUCUCUCCCUCUCAGUAACAUUCCGAUACAUAAACCUCUCCACCACCGACGACAGCGACGAUGCAGAGGUGGCAGGAGAUCGGCUGUUCAGGUUCUCCAAUUCAACCUCCGUUUCACCUUCUCCGGUAUUGAAUGCUGUAACCGACGCCAUCCCUUAUCCUUGUAAGUUCUACUCAGCUCCAUCAAAUCCUUGGCAUUCAAGUUUGAGGUUAAGGGGAGGAACAGAGUUAUUAAGCAGCUAGAUCGCUAGCCUGCGAUGAAUCGAUUUCCUUAUACAAUUAAUUGUUUCUUCAAAACUGGUGUUUGGUAGAAUAUCAGAUACAUUUUCUGCCAUGACAAGCCAUUUUUCAGCCUCCAAGCCUUCUGCUGUUCCAUAUAGGUCAGUAGGAUUGUCACCAUCUCCAGCAGAAACGACUGAUCAUGGCUUUGAUUUUGCCACCUCCAGCAACAAAAAUAAUUUGCGUCUUUCUUCAUCUCUUCAAGAUUUCUCAUUGUAUCGACGACUUGAUGUAGACGAAGAUGAUUAUAGCAUUGGGAUUGAUAGGAAGCCUUAUUUGUUGCAAAGAGAAAAUGCUGGGUCAAGCUUUUCAAAGGAGAAAGCAUUGCCUGGUAGAACCCCAAUUUUACGGAGAAAGUGGGUGCGGUUGGUCAUGAUUCUUUUGUGCCUGCUGCUGCUUGGUUUCCUAACUUAUCUAAUUACAUCAUAUAUUCUUUCUUAUUGGGCUCAAGGAACUUCCAAGUUCUAUGUUGUUCUUGAUUGUGGAAGUACUGGAACUCGAGUUUACGUAUAUCAGGCAUCAAUUGAGCACAACAGAGAUGGAAGUCUUCCUAUUGCUCUUAAAUCACUAACAGAAGGUCUUUCUAGAAAGUCAAGUGGACGUGCCUAUGACCGAAUGGAAACUGAGCCUGGACUACAUUUGUUGGUACAUAAUACAUCUGGUUUGAAGGCUGCAAUAAAUCCACUAGUUCAGUGGGCUGCAAAGCAAAUCCCUGAGCAUGCUCAUAAGACUACCUCCCUUUUCCUUUAUGCUACAGCUGGGGUUCGCAGGCUGCCAACUGCUGAUUCAAAAUGGCUUCUAGACAAGGCAUGGUCCAUACUAAAGGAAUCACCCUUCUUAUGCCAAAGAGCAUGGGUCAAAGUUAUCAGUGGAAUGGAUGAAGCUUACUAUGGAUGGAUAGCCCUUAAUUAUCAAACAGGUACGUUGGGGAACAGCCCCAAGAGAGCAACAUUUGGUGCACUUGACAUGGGUGGCUCAUCAUUACAGGUGACAUUUGAGAGCCAAAAACCUGGGCAUAAUGUGACUGACUUAAAUCUUAGGAUCGGAGCUGCUAAUCAUCACCUCACCGCCUAUUCCCUUGCGGGCUAUGGUUUAAAUGAUGCAUUUGACAGGUCUGUUGUCCAUAUCUUAAGAGGGCUCCCUAGUGCAGAUUUAGCAAGUGGGAACUUAGAAAUUAAGCACCCUUGUCUGCAAACUGGCUAUAAGGAGCAAUACAUCUGUUCUCAUUGUGCUUCUGAUCAACAAAAUAGUUUGAGCCCUGUUGUUGUAGGAAGAAAUUCAGGCAAGGGAGUCAAGUCUGGAGUUCCCAUUCAGCUUAUUGGUGCUCCAAAUUGGGAAGAAUGUCGUGCACUGGCCAAAGUUGCCGUCAAUUUGUCUGAAUGGUCUAAUCAAAAUGCAGCUAUUGAUUGUGAUGUGCAACCUUGUGCUCUGCCUGAUAUUUUUCCACGCCCUUAUGGUCGGUUCUAUGGAAUGUCUGGCUUUUUUGUUGUUUAUCGGUUUUUUAACCUGACUUCAGAAGCUGCUCUUGAAGAUGUGUUGGAGAAAGGUCAAGAAUUUUGUGAGAAGACCUGGGAAGUUGCAAGGAAAAGCGUUCCUCCACAGCCAUUUAUUGAACAAUACUGCUUUAGGGCACCAUACAUAGUGUCAUUGUUGAGAGAGGGUUUACAUAUCACAGAUAACCAAGUUGUUAUUGGUUCUGGAAGUAUUACGUGGACACUUGGGGUUGCACUUUUUGAAGCUGGGAAUGCAUUAUCACCCAGACAGAGGCUUCCUAGUUAUCAAAUAUUUCAAAUGAAGAUACAUCCGAUAUUUCUCACUGCCGCUUUGGUUAUUUCAUUGAUUUUGCUGGUUUGUGCAAUAUCAUGUCUUGGCAAUGGGAUGCCAAGAAUUUUUCGGAGGCCAUAUCUUCCAAUUUUUAGGCAUAAUAAUGCAUCUGCUACAACAGUACUUAGUAUCCCUUCACCAUUCCGGUUCCAGCGAUGGAGUCCUAUUAGUUCUGGGGAUGGAAGAGCAAAGAUGCCGCUUAGUCCAACAAUUGCUGGGAGCCAACAAAGACCAUUUGGGUUGGGACAUGGUCUAGGCAGUAGUGGCAUUCAGCUUAUGGAAUCAUCUUUACACCCAUCAAAUGGUGGUGUGUCGCAUAGUUAUUCCUCAGAUAGCUUAGGACAGAUGAUUGACAGUAAUGGCAUCGGUUCGUUCUGGUCUCCCCACAGAGGUCAGAUGCGCCUCCAGAGCAGGAAAUCACAAUCUCGAGAAGACCUUAGUUCUUCUUUGGCUGAGGCGCACAUGGUGAAGGUUUAAGGAAUAAACUUCCUGAAGUUAUGGUACAGUGGCUUCUUCCUUUUGUAGAUUAUAUUUUUCAGAUAUGAUUUAAAUAUCUUACCGAUGAGAAAAAGAAAAAGUAGAGAGAGAGAGAGAGAGAGGAGAUGGGGUGGGGUUGGCUGGACUUGAAAAUCUUUUUAACUAUAACUAGGCAUUCUUUGUAAUGAUCAAUUUGUUGAGAAUAUAGUGCCCUUGAAUGAAAUAUUUCCAGAUGGUGUCUUCAGGAGAAGAGCCUGAAUUUGUCACAUACUUGGAACAAUAUACUUCUGCUGACAGCAACUAAGAGAGAUUUCCGCGAAGAUAGAGAAAUCAUGUACAGUGGAGGCCAAAUUGAUCAUCUUUAAACUUGCACCAGCCGGCGGAUCUCUGUGACUGAUAGGUAGAUGAGGAAAUUUAUCAGCAUAACUGGUUCUGGUGGGUCCAGUUUUGAUUUUGAUUUUUCAUACAAUAAAAAUAUCAUUAAAGAAAUCAAAAUGCACAUUAUAUUUUUCUUGAUCUUAAAUGUAUUUCCAUCCAAUGUACAAUAGAUAUAUUCCCAGUUAUUACAGGUCUAUCCCAUUGCAGUGUUAUUAGCUGGUCUCAUCAUUGAUUUGCUUAGCAGGGAUUUUGCGACUCGAUCCUACCUCCUUCACUGGUUAAGAUAUCAUCGGUCACGAGGUAUUAUUCCCUGUUGAUUUGUGUAUCUGGAUGACCAUUGUUUUUAUACAAAACAUGAGAAGCUUAGAUCCAUAAUUCUUGACUCUGUUACAUAGCAGUUUGACUCUAUUACGGACUUUUUUUCUUCUUUCCCAUUUCUUCUUUGGAUCUCACUCAUUGCGAAUGGUUAGAGAACUGAUUGACUAUAUGGGGUUUCAUGGAAGUUAAUAGUUUGAUAUUAUAUGCAUGCCCUAGAUUUAUACUUGUUGAAA